AUGGCAGGCCGACAACUACCACAGAAGCACAACCCGCUGAUGGUUGAUGAUAUCCCGGCUUAUCCCGAGCUCGUCUCGCGCCGGCGCCUGGGCCAGACCCAGCUGACUGCCAAGAUGGUCGCUGCUGGCGCUCCUGGCGAUGUCGACCCUGCGAGCCUGGGCGUCUUCGACUAUGCGCACCUCCGCGCUCCUCUUCCCAAGGGAAUCCAAUCCGGAAUAUUCAAGUCAUCGCCCAACUCGUAUUUCCUCAUGCGCCGCAGUCAGGAUGGCUACGUGUCGGCGACUGGCAUGUUUAAAGCCACCUUCCCUUACGCAGAGGCUCUCGAGGAGGAGUACGAACGCAAGUACAUCAAGUCUCUUGAGACUACUAGCCCCGAAGAGACAGCUGGCAAUGUCUGGAUCCCUCCUGAUGAGGCUUUGAAGCUGGCCGAGGAAUACCAAAUUACCUCGUGGAUCCGCGCACUGCUAGAUCCUGCCGAAAUCGCUGUGACCAACGCACCCGACAGUCCGCCCAAGAAAAUCCAGGCUCCUCCCAAAUACGAUGUCUUGAGAUCCGCCUCAGUCAACUUGGCACCCCCCACACCCUCGUCAACGUCGCGCAGCACCCGCGCCCGCCGCUCCGCCAGCCCCGCCAAAGCCCGACCAGUCGCGAGCCCAAGGAAGCGGGCCGCCAAAUCCAAGACAGUCCAGACUAUUAGUGAAACUCCCAGCGUCAACGGAGCUUCUACUGAAGAAACCGCCUCCGUUGAGGAUAUUCAGGUCAAGGAGAUCGUGAAGGAGCCUACGGUUGUGUUUGGACCUACGGACGAGGAGGCCAAGGUGCAGGUCAAGGUUGACAGAGACGUCAAGGUGUUUGAGGGAGUGGAGACCACGCACACCUCAGUCGAGCUCGAGCUCCCCAUCGACCAAGGGCCUCCAAGCGCCGAGGAGACAGCUCGCAUGAUUGCUGAGGCCAAGGAACUAGUUGAUUCUGCUGCAGCUGAAGCUGCUGCUUCCUCGAGUGACUUGAAAGCUAAGCGCAAGGCAGACGACAUCACUGCCGGAGACGACGAGGACGAGGCCAACGGCGAGGGCGAGGCUGCAGAUGGCCCUCGAUCCAAGAAGGUAAAGCCGAAUGUAGAGUUGAGAAAAGCCCGCGUCCGAAAUCGGGCACUCAUUGGUCUAAGUGCAACGCUCGCAGUUGGUGCCCUCAUCCCGUACGUGAUGGGUGUCUUUUAA